AUGCCACAUACCGCCUUUUGGCUAGCUUUCCUCUGUGAAUAUAUAUACUUCUACAGCCGGGGCUUCAUAGAUCUUGCAUAUGUCGGAUUUAAAGAUAACCCAGCUCCCCCACACACAUACAGUUCAGAUACGAUGGCCAUCAAACCUACAAAGAGCUUUCAAAAUUGCCUCGAGGCUGAAGUGCCUGGUUACAACGAUUGCCCCACAGUUUUGUUCUCCAUCGACCCUAAUAGCGGUCCCAAAUCCAAAUCAAAGACAAGAGCAAAGACGAAAAGAUGUAUGAGCGGGAAACUGACCACAGAGGUGAUGGAUCUCUACGGAAACACCAAAACAGCCACGACGCCGCCGCCCGUAUCGAAGAGGCCGCCCGUAGGCCCUACUCAACAAGAACCGGCUUCUGAAAUUGUGCCUGCAAUGGGCCAAAACGAUACCCAGUCACAGGUGGUGAUGUACAGUAAGGACGAUCUGCUGCUUAAGAUCAAUGAUCUUUGUGGGCCUGGCUCAAAGUUGGCCUCGAAAGAGCAGGAUUUUUACAAAAGAAAAAUAGACUCUAAUAUUGCCAAGAUUUUACACACCGAUCACACGAGAAUGGUGUUGUCGCAGAUCUUCGAUGAAAAUGACAAGCAAGCAGCCGUAAAGACCAUCAAACACUGGAUGGUUACCGACACGACCAUUUCUAAUUGGUGUCCUGCUUUCUUAAAACUUUUCGAAAACAGCGCCCAAAGAAAUUGA